AUGUUUGAUAUCCUCGAGGCAGACGUUGUUAUUUUCCAGGAAGCAAAGAUUCAACGGAAAGACCUGCAAGAUGAUAUGGUGCUCGUUCCAGGAUGGGAUUGCUAUUUCAGUCUCCCAAGGCAGAAGAAAGGCUAUUCCGGGGUUGUGAUAUAUACCCGCAGUUCGAAGUGCGCUGCAAUACGUGCAGAGGAGGGCAUAACCGGGACACUCUGCCCGCCAAAUUCUUCCACCCAGUUUCGUCAUUUACCUGCUUCCGAACAAAUCGGUGGAUACCCUACUAUCGAACAGAUGGAGGAGCUGUCUGAAAUAGACCCCGUAGCGCUCGACUCGGAGGGAAGAUGUUUAAUCUUAGAGUUCCCUGCUUUUGUUUUAAUAGGUGUUUACUGUCCUGCCAAUCGAGAUGAAUCUCGAGAUGGUUUUCGACUUGGUUUUUUGAACAUACUAGACGCCCGGGUGAGAAAUCUUAUAAAGAUGGGAAAGCGUGUUGUUUUGACUGGAGAUUUGAAUAUAUCUCCAGCGCCGAUUGAUUCAGCGCCGGCUACAGAAAGGAUCAGAAAGAGCGCCGAAACCGAAGAAGAGUAUAUAUCUUCCCCUGCUAGGUGUCUCUUUAAUACACUAGUGAGGCGUGUUGGUUCAACUGGAGAUGCAGACAACGUUGAGACACCCCCUGUCCUCCGUGAUCUCUGUAGGGAAUUCCACCCCCACCGUACUGGCAUGUAUACGUGCUGGGAACAGAGGGUAAAUGCCCGACCAGGAAAUUAUGGUUCAAGGAUCGAUUACAUCCUCUGUAGUGAUGAUAUAAGGCAUUGGUUUGUUGAAUCCAACAUUCAAGAGGGACUUAUGGGGUCCGACCAUUGUCCCGUUUACGCUUCGAUAGGUGAUAGAGUACGUCUAGAUGGAAAAGACGUUCAUAUUUUAGACAUUAUGAAUCCUAUAGGUUCAUUUGAAGACGGAAUAGAGCAACCUCGCCCUGUGAAAAUAUCCCCUUUACCACUGUCGGGAAAGAUGAUCCCGGAGUUCGAUCGCCGGAGAAAUAUAAAGGAUAUGUUCAAGAAACAUUCUCUAUCGCGGACUAACAGCGAAAUAAAAGUAUCAGCAGAGACAGAUACUUAUACUGGAUCAGAAACUUCUGAUUCGGGCUCUCAGUCCAAGAUUGCGAUGGAAAAUAAAAACACGCCACUGACAAUGAAUCCCCCUACCAAGCGAGGGCAUGGCAAGGUAGCUCAGGUGUCGCCAUCGAAACGUUUGAAACAAAAGAGCCGGCCUGUUGGUUCUCGAAGCAAUGGCCAGCAAACCCUUGCUGGCUUUUUUAAGUCCGAAAGAACUAGUCGUGUCGUCGGCGAAGAGAAUGCUACCGUUUCUACUAUCUCACCACAGGGAUCUCACGCUGAAACACAGCCAAACCCAACUGAUGAACCAUCAGCCACUGCAGAAGCAAAUGAUACUGUACCAACCGAAACGACCAAGACCUUUGUUGACGAUUAUGUCGCCUUCUCCUGCAGCCCGACAGAAUCAUGGUCAAAGGUAUUUACGAAGAAGCCUGUACCCAAAUGCGAGGGGCAUGAUGAAGACUGUAUUUCGCUUGUCACCAAGAAACCAGGGAUGAACUGUGGAAGGUCCUUUUGGAUAUGUUCGAGGCCGUUGGGGCCAAGUGGUGAUAAAGAGACGGGCACUCCAUGGCGCUGCCCCACGUUCAUUUGGUGCAGUGACUGGAGGACGAGCUGA